AUGUUGGCCUGCCAGUUUGGGGCCGAAGUUCGUCUGCAUAAAGCACUGACUGCCACGCAAACACAUCUACAAGGACUCGGGCAGCUGAGCAGUUUUUUGGCUGAUUAUGAGCUGCAAAAAGAUGAGAACUUUGUGUUAUCAAAUGCACAAAAGCGAUUCGGGUCAUUCUGCUACCAAAAACGUAAAUUGCAAAAAACAAACAUUCCCGCUGGGAAAACUCGCGGUCGGGUGGCUGAUGGCGAAGACUAUUGGUCCAAAGUUGAUCAAUGGCUCAAGAGGCUUGACGAUGAGCUGGGAGAUAAUACAGCUGAGUUGAAACAGUCCGAGUUUUCUCUUGUAUUCUCAAUGAGUUAUGCUAAGCUUGUGAAUAGAUUUAUUGCUGAAUGUCUGGAGAUGGACUCUCUCAGGACCAAUAAAGGCUUAGAUUUCUCAAGCCACCCUUCCGAGCGCUCUUUUACCAGCCCUAGCGAUGUCACAUCCGACCCACAACCCACCACUAUACAGUCCUUUCCUUCCAAUUCUUCUUCGAGGCUGCCUGAACCUCAUUUAAAUUUUGGUAAUGCAAUUGCUCAAUUAUUUAGUGGUCCUUCAACAGGUAGACCUUUUUAG